GGCGGUUCCUUGCCCCACACGUGAAGCCGAGUAGGAAUUAGCCUAUCCCCCAAGAAAUGUCCAAAGCCAAACAGAAACGGGCGAAACGCCUCGGCUUCCGUGGAAAAGUCAAGGCUAAAGAUGGACAGAUGACUGAUGCUUCAGGACGGACAAGAAAAACAACUUUGCAGCAUGUUAAAAAACACAAAAAGCAAGAAGAAAUUAGGAGGCAAAGGCUCCAGGACCUCCAAGAAAAGCAAAGAAUAUCAAGAGAACAAGAGCUGAUGAAGAGGAGAAAUUUGUACAGCUUUCAGGAUGACAUCCUGCAGCGGCAAAGAGAAUAUGAGCAGAGGGAAGCAGACAUGCAGAGUUUGGAGAAACAUGUCAAUUUUGAAAAUGAGAAUUCAAGAAAGGCAUAUUAUAAAGAAUUCAAAAAGGUGGUGGAGGCCUCAGAUGUAAUUUUGGAGAUUUUGGAUGCACGUGACCCUCUUGGCUGCAGAUGUCCUCAAGUAGAGCAGGCAGUCAUCCAGAGUGGAACAAACAAGAAAAUAGUUCUAGUGCUUAAUAAAAUUGAUUUGGUAUCAAAGGAAAUUGUGGAGAAAUGGAUCAAGUAUCUGCGUAAUGAGUUUCCCACUGUGGCUUUUAAAGCCUCCACUCAGCUACAGAACAAGAAUUUGAAGCGCAGUAAUGUACCAGUGACUCAAGCCACUAAAGAGCUUCUCAGUAGCAGUGCCUGUGUUGGAGCAGAUUGCCUGAUGAAACUGCUUGGAAACUAUUGUCGCAAUCUGGACAUCAAGACAGCCAUCACUGUCGGUGUUGUGGGCUUUCCCAAUGUGGGAAAGAGUAGUUUGAUCAACAGUCUGAAACGAGCACGGGCGUGCAGUGUUGGAGCCACUCCUGGGGUAACAAAGUGCCUUCAAGAAGUGCAUUUGGACAAAUACAUAAAGCUUCUAGAUUGCCCUGGCAUCGUCAUGGCAACUUCAACAAGCGAUGCAGCAAUGAUCCUUCGUAACUGUGUAAAAAUCGAACAGCUCGUAGAUCCUAUCCCCCCUGUUGAAGCCAUUCUUAGACGCUGCAACAAAGCACAGAUUAUGGACUACUAUGGAGUUCCUGACUUCCACACAGCACUGGAGUUCUUGGCGUUGCUUGCUCGGCGCCAAGGCAAAUUGAGGAAAGGAGGACUACCAGAUAGUGACAAAGCAGCAAAGAGUGUCUUAAUUGACUGGACAGGUGGAAGAAUCAGUUACUUUACACACCCACCAGAGACGCACACGCUCCCCACCCAUGUCAGUGCUGAGAUUGUUGCAGAAAUGGGCAAAGCUUUUGACUGGGAUGAGCUGGAGAGGGGAAAUCACGAGGUUCUUGCAGACUCAUCCUGUCUCGAUGUCCAAAUGGGAUUCUGUAUUGAAACCUCUGGAAUGACUCAGGGUGGUGAAGGUGAAGCAGCACCUUUCAAUUUGGGAAUGGGAAUCUCUGCAGAUGAUCCAGAACUUAAAGAUGAAACUGAAUCUAUGGAGGAUGACCAGGACCCAGAGUUUGGACCGAUGACCGUGGAGAUGAAAUCUCAAAAGUCAAAGACGAGUGUCUCCACAGAUGAGGCUACAUCCAAGAGCCUGAAUUUAAAGGAUAUUUUGAAUGUAGACCCCCUUCAUCAAGGCCAAGCACUCCUUGCUGCCAGCAAGAACAGGAAAAAACGGCAAAAAAGAGCUGACAAAAUUGCUACCAAACUCUCAGAUACCUUGACAUCUGCAAUGAACUUCACAUUUUCAGAUAGCUGAUGAAAAUAAACAACUCA